AUGGCCACCACCACCCACCCCCUGCAGUACGCGCCAUGGACAUCCGAUAUCGAACUCGCCUUCUACUCCGCCCUCGCCCGGCUAAAGAUCGACCACGACAAGCUCGACUCCUCGGCGCGUAAGGUGCUCGGGCUGUACGAGAUCAACCACCGAGACCCGCCGGAACGCUCCUGCCGCAUGCAAAUCCACGCCUCGGCACUAACCACAGACGAUGGGCCGAGGAGCUUCUACCGCGCCGAAGGUCUCAUCCGUAACUUCAACACGCGCGAGGAGUUUCAGCAGGUGGAUCGAGCGGCGUUUAUUGAGAGGGCGGGGCGGACGGUGUGGGAUGCGAUAUGCGAUGGCACGAUCUACUCCUGCCCGAGUCUGCUCUCCAGCUUCUCCGCCAUUUGUUUUGCCGAUCUGAAGAAGUACCGCUUCACCUAUCACUUCGCUUACCCAUGCGUGCAUUCCGACCCGCCAUGGAGGUUGAUCGGUGAAGAGGGCAAGUCGGUGGAGGAGGCAGUGAAGAAGCUGGGUCAGAAGGAGACGGAGACGCUCGUCGAUGCGGUGCAGACGUGGCGGUAUAGUGUCGACUCACGGCAGCAUGGCUUCUUUCUGGCGAAGCGGCUGCGCAAGAGCAGGAGGCGAAAGAGUAGGACGCAGAGUCUAGGUGAGCUCGGCUUCUUGUGGCAGAUCGCAUCGUUGGCGAGCUACGAGAACGGCUUCUUCGACAAUGCCGAGGAAGAGGACCGGUACCUGUGCUUUGCCGACCCUUCAACAUAUGCCGCCAACCCAGGCUGGAUGCUGCGUAACCUGCUGGUAUUGGUACGGCAGCGCUGGCAUUUGGACAAAGUGCAGGUGCUCUGUUACCGCGACAUCCACUUACGGCGCGAGCACCCAACGAGUCUCAUCCUGAACUUACAAUCAGCAUCACCACAUCCGCCAAAGAUUCCCCCCAUGCCAAAAGUAACGGGCUGGGAGCGCAACGAGCAGAACAAGCUCAUCAGCAAAACAGUCGACUUGGCAGCCUACAUGGACCCGUCAAAGCUCGCUGACCAAGCAGUCGAUCUCAACCUCAAGCUCAUCAAAUGGCGUAUAUCGCCUUCCAUGGAUCUGGACAUCAUCAAACAAACCUCCUGCCUCCUCCUCGGCGCCGGGACCCUUGGCGCCUACGUCGCCCGCGGCCUGAUGGGCUGGGGCGUGCGCAAAAUCAGCUUCGUCGACAACGGACGCGUCAGCUUCAGUAACCCCGUCCGCCAGCCUCUAUACGACUUCAAAGACUGCGAAGAAGGCGGCGUGCGCAAAGCAGAGCGUGCCGCGGACGUAUUGAGCGAAAUCUACCCCGGCAUGGACGCGCAUGGCUAUCACAUGUCCGUUCCCAUGGCGGGACACGCUCUCACGGAUGAAGAAGGGGUGAGGAAGGAUUUUGAGAAGUUGAGAGGGUUGAUUGAGGGGCAUGACGUUGUCUUUUUGUUGAUGGACACGAGGGAGUCGAGGUGGUUGCCUACGGUCAUGGCCAAGGCGGCGGGGAAGAUUGUGAUCAAUUCCGCGUUGGGGUUCGAUAGUUAUGUUGUUAUGCGGCAUGGUUUGCGAGAUCCAGACGCGAUAAAGCCGCAAAUGGAAGAAAAACUAGGCUGCUACUUCUGCUCCGACGUCGUCGCGCCAGCCGAUAGUCUCAAAUCCGCAACCCUAGACCAACAAUGCACCGUCACCCGGCCCGGCGCCGCGCCUCUCGCCGCAGCGCAAGCGGUGGAACUGCUAAUCAGCAUCCUGCAACACCGCCGCAAAGCUUACGCCCCCGCGCCCACACCCCCAACCACGCACGGCAUCCAACCCGCGCCCCCCACCGACCCUUCCCUCCCCAACUCCCACCCGCUAGGCACAGUCCCGCAUAUGCUCCGCGGCUACAUGUCCACCUGGCAGAUCCUGCAAGUCAAAGGACAGGCGUAUGAUUGCUGCGCUGCGUGUUCGCCGAAGAUCCUGCAGGCGUACGAGGAAGGGGGGUGGGAGUUUGUGAGGCGGGCGGUUGGGGAGAGGGGGUUUGUGGAGGAGGUCAGUGGGUUGAGGGAGGUGCAGAGGCGGGCGGAGGAGAUGGAGAGGGAGAUGGAGGGGUGGGAUGAGGAGGGGGAUGUUGGGGGGGAGGAAGGGGAAGGGGAGAUGGUUUGA